ACUGGAAGCUCCCAGUGACCCAGUCCUUAUCUGGGACGCUUCUCUCAUUUCACGCUCAGAAUAAGCAGCACUUGAUAGUUGCCGAGACGCUCCAACCCAUGGCUGCCAUCCUCCUCUGUAAUGCCUCGUCGGCUUCUGCUUUUCUCGCCCGCACCUCAUCGUUAAAGACUUCCCUUCCGCUUCCUUUGAAGCCCUCCGUUUUCCCCAUCCGACGGUCUUCCUCCGCAAGUCCGCGUACCGGAUUUUUCAGGAUUUAUGCGUUAUCUAGCAACGACAUCAAAGUUGGAACCAAUAUUGAAGUGGAUGGAGCUCCUUGGCGGGUAUUAGAGUUCCUUCAUGUUAAACCCGGCAAAGGAGCAGCUUUUGUAAGGACCAAAAUUCGCAAUUACGUGACAGGAAAUACGGUUGAGAAGACUUUUCGAGCAGGAAGUUCGCUUGAAGAGGCCAAUGUAUACAAGGAAGUCAAGCAGUUCACUUACAAAGAUGGUUCCCAGUUUGUUUUCAUGGAUCUGAAUACAUAUGAAGAAAUACGCCUGAAUGCAGCAGAUGUUGGUGAUAGGACAAAGUGGUUGAAAGAAGGAAUGGACUGCAUCGUACUGUUUUGGAAUGGGAAGGUCAUUGAUUUUGAGGUUCCCAUCACAAUUCAGUUGACUGUGGUUGACGUUGAUCCUGGACUGAAAGGUGACACGGCACAAGGUGGUUCGAAGCCCGCAACUCUUGAAACUGGUGCUGUUGUUAAUGUCCCUCUGUUUAUAAAUGUAGGCGAUAGUAUAGUAAUAGAUACAAGGACUGGACAAUACACAAGCCGAGCAUGAAUUUGACACUCUUUAAGACUCAUCAGCGAGAGGGUUUAUCAGUACUCUUCCAAAGAGCAAUUGUUUUGUUGAUUUUUUGGUCUGGUUGUAGAUUGAGCACGUGAAAGAUCGGCAAUGGAGCUGCAAAGAUUUUGUCUCCCUGUAUUCUUUUUUACCAUUAAUAUUUGGAUUAUUUAGUUAGGGCUGAAGUAAAGAAUACCAAAUUAGUAGAAGGAUGAAAUUAUGUGAUGCAAUUAACUUAUAUCUGAAAGUAUGCCAGAAGUAAUUCGCUCA